AUGGCUUCUCGCGAGGAAAAGAGUUUAUUUUCUGAUGAAGGGGCUGAAGUUGUCGCCGAAAAGACCCCCACAGAGCCGAGGGAUGUGCAACAACGCAUGAACGUUGAAAGUCCAAUGUGGCUCCAGAGGGAAUCUACUCGUGCCAGUGUGCACGAGCCGCACCUGCCCGUAAGUUGCGCAUCGGGUUUAUCGACAUCGUCAAGGUGGCGUUCUGCUGCAUCACUGCGAAGUGAAGAUAAACAAACCCCGACUCUCUCAGAGUGCAGUCGAACAUUAACUCCGGUUCCUGCCACUCAUCGUCUGGAUGCGGUGAACGUCGCCAUAGUGGACUCCAACCCUCGCACGGCGAUGUUGCAGCGCUGCGGACACCAGGCAGCAGCCAAUUACCAUACAAGUUUGGAAUUUGUUUCUAAUGCAGUGGAGACAAAGAAAGUAGAUGCCGCAUACGAGAGUGAUGAAGAUAUCGAUAUCCAUUCUUUGGGGGAAAGGCUGACAGAUGUGUUAGAGAGUUCUCUUCGCGGUGCGGCGUCCGUAUCACAACGGGGAGAGGCAAAUAACACAUUGGGUCGUGCAGCAUUUCAUAUCUUUAAAGGGAAUGUAGGGGCCGGUGUUUUUUUACUGUCCACGUACUACAAAGAUGCUGGAUACGGCGUUGGUUUCUUGCUUGUAUUUUUGUUGGGAGUUCUCAUGAUUGACUGUGCGUUGGCUCUUGUCAGAUCUAAACAAAAGAUUGAUCUCUUGAUUGUUCGAACCUAUCCUGCCGUUGUGGGGCAUAUCCUAGGUAGCACUUUGAUGCAUUUCACGAAUUUUUCACUUAUAUUUACUCAAUUCGGUUUUUGUGUGGUGUAUAUUCAGUACGCCUCGUCCAUGUUUACUGCUUUGUUGAGUGCGACGCAAUUUUACCAACUUCUUGUAUUUUUAAGCGUUCUAAUGGUAAUGCCCAUGUCACUAUUUUCCCAUAAUAUGAGGAUGCUGGCGUAUGCAUCCAUGAUUGCCGCCGUAUUUGUUGCACUCGUUCUUGCAGGCGCCGUCGGAGAGGAAUUAGAUUAUCUUUCAACGCGUGGAGUAUCACAAGGGACGGUGUUCUUUGAGCCGACAAUGCGCAUUCUUGUGUUUAUUUCAGGACAUAUGUUUUCUCUUGAAGGUAUUGGUGUCGUACUGCCGGUAGAGAACAGUAUGGCCGCUGAGGACCGUCCACAAUUUUCUACAUUGGUAAAGUACACUUUGGCAUCCAUUGUCACGAUCUAUGUUGUAUUUGGUUUACUCGGUUAUCUUGCGUUUGGAGAAGCAUUACAGACGUCAGUGGUGCUUGCGAUACCUCCAAGCACAACCAGGACGAUGCUGCAGGUACUUUUAGGCUUCAGUCUUAUUUUUAGUUAUCCGAUUCAGUUUUUACCUGCGAUCCAGCUUGUCGACAGAGCUUUGGGCAUCAGUGUGCAUAAAGAGCCAUGGAAUGCUUACAUUGUUCGUGCGGUUCUUAAUAUUUUUUUUGGCGCACUUGCCGCCUCUAUUGGUGCGGACACCAUUAAUGUGUUUGCAAGUUUUUUGGGGGCGUUCACAGGGGUGCAUCUCAUGAUCACCAUGCCGGUCCUUCUUGCUCUGUUUACGGACCGUGUGUUGAACUGUGCGCAGGAGGAUGCGGAGAUUUCCUUCUGCGACUACGUCAAUUUUUUUUUUACUAUGCCUGACACCAUUGUGGAAUGCAGGUGGUACCUUUAUCUUUUUAUCGCUAUGCUCGUAUGGAUUGGCGGGACAUACUACACGUUUGACUCCGUCUUUGGCUAA